AUGAUUAAAGUGGGAUCUAUCUUAGAUUAUAAGUAUCAUGCUAAAUGCAAAUCUUUGAGAUUGAACCAUUUAUGCUUUGCGGAUGACCUAUUAUUGUUUUGCCAUGGAGAUUUUAUUUCGAUUCUAUGGAUGCUUAGAGGGCUCAAACUAUUUUCGGGGACUUCUGGCUUAGUACCAAAUCAAAGCAAAUCUGCAUUAUACUGUAGUGGUAUGGCAGAGUUUGAGGUUAAUAGAAUCAUAGUAGCUUCAGGGUUUGCUAGGAGCCAGUUACCAUUCAGAUAUCUUGGUAUUCCAAUAUUCUCUAAGAGAAUUUCGUCAGUGGAAUGUGGCCUUAUUUUUGAAAAAAUGGUUCAUCGAAUUAGGCAAUGGAGUUCACGGAAUUUAUCUUAUAUGGGCAGAGUAACUAUAAUCAAUUCAGUUCUCAUGUCUAUACAUUCUUAUUGGGCCCAAAUUAUGAUAUUGCCGAAGAAAGUAAUGAAGGACAUUGAUGCCAUUUGUAGAGCAUUCCUUUGGAGAGGAAUGAGUGACAAUGUAGGGCCUAGACUUGUUGCUUGGCUUAAUAUAUGCAAUAAUAAAACAGGUGGAGGGCUGGGUUUUAAGAGAGUUGUGGAUUGGAAUAUUGCAGCUAUAGGGAAAUACAUAUGGGCAAUUGCUUCCAAAAAAGAUAACCUAAGGGUUAAAUGGAUACACAACAUCUAUUUGAAGCAAAUGGACUGGUGGGAUUACAAAGCUCCCUUGGCUAGCAGCUGGUAUUGGAGGAAAAUGGUGGCUGUUAAGGAUAUGUUUAAAGCUAAAAUUGAUAAGGCAUCUUUUGCAGCGUUGAACUUCAGUAUCAAAGUAAGUCAUGACUUGUUGUUUGAUUCUCCUCUCAAAGUACAUUGGGCAAAGUAUGUUUGGGAGAGGUUUUCUGUACCAAAGCACAGAUUUGUCCUCUGGUUAGCCAUGAUGCAGAGACUGCGCACCAGAAUAUUCAUUCAAAAGUAUAACUCAUCCAUUGAUCCAUCAUGCCUAUUCUAUGGAGACUAUAAUGAAGAUGUUCAUUACCUAUUUUUUCAAUGCAAAUAUAGUAGACAAUGUCUAUUACAGGUGAAAGAAUGGCUGGGUUGGAAAGUCAAAACAGAGGAAUAUGGAAGUCUGCUGCAAUGGAUUGGGAAAACUAGGAGAUGGAGCAGGUUUCAGAAAAGCACUUUGAUAGCAGUUAUUGCUUCUUUGAUUUAUCAUAUUUGGAGAGUGAGAAAUGUCAUUCUGUGGUCACAAAAGGUUUGGUCCAUAGCUCAUACAGUCCAAGCAAUACAAAGGGAUAUUAGAUUGAGGAUAUACCCUUUAAUUUUAAGCAAAACAAAGUCCUUAGAUAAAGAUUGGUUUCAUGAAAUAUGUCAAAGUAGUUAA